AUGUUUCCAAAAAUUUACAAUACUAAAACAUUUUCAGAGGUGCUCCACGUCAAUCCGAUCCGCCGCCACCUCUACCCAAACCAAGCCCACCAGACGUCAGACAAGAAGUGCGUGCGCAUCGAGACGACAACCGCCAACGUGCAAGAAGCGAUCGCGCGCGGCGACCGUAACCGCGACAAAAUGAGACGUGAAGCCAUCCGAGCGUCGACCAGCGGCAAGCAGACACCCACCGCGAUCCGGCAGCUGACCGCGGCGAAAAGUAAGGCCGCCCCGAUGAAGGCUAUCGGUUUAAAGAAG